AUGCGUUCAGCUUUCCUUUGUCUUGCAGUAUUGGCUCAACUUACACUAAACGCUAUUGCUGAGCCUAUCACCGUCCCGCUUUAUCGUCGUUCAGAUGAAGGUGGAAUUUAUAAAGCAGCAGGAAAAGCGCUCAACAAUGGUGUGCUUGCUGGUAAGGUAAAGAUCGGUAAUCCUCCUCAAGAAUUUACUUUUGCUUUCGAUACAACUAUCGGUUAUUCUUGGGUUCGUGGAUACAGAUGCAAAACACCUAACUGCCGUGGUCGCUGUACUUACUACGCUCUCAAAUCAGAAGAUGCCGUCUCUACUGGCAAAAGAUUUUCUGUCAAAUACCAAGAUGCUUGUGUUGAUACUCACAUCUACACUGACACAUUUGAGUUUGCUGGUCUUACUGUAAAAGAUAUGCCUUUCGGUGGAGCUUAUCGUAUGUCUGGCUUUGCUGAUGGGUUUGAUGGUUAUCUUGGUCUUGGGCGAAGUGUUGAUUUCAACGAAACUAUCGUUAGAUCUACAGCUUCUGGCUUCAGCAAACGUGAUGCUGCAUUACCGGAUUCAGCAUUUGUCCCCAAUGCUUUUCAACAAGGUAGUGGACUUGUAAGUGCUCAGUUUGGUAUGUACACUACUACAACCAGCGGCAGUUUUGACCAGUCUGGUAGCACUGGCGGUGGAGCGAGCACUGCCCCAACUACAACUACUACCACAAAUAAUGCUGUUAAUGUUGACCCCAACUCGCCCGCCACGAACAACACUACAACUGCAACGACAGCUCCUGGACAAACUACCAAUCAACAACCUAAUGGCUCUACUACCGCUACUUCUCCAUCCACAGACACAGGAGCUAACAUCAGUGGCGGUGUUACUGGAGGUGGUUUUGGUGUCGUCAAACGUAGCAACAAAGAAGACAAUAAUGUUGAAGAACAGCCUGCUGGCUAUCUUGUUCUUGGUGGUGUUGAUAAAUCUAUCAUCAAAGGUGAUGUUGAAUAUAUCCGUCUCGCCGAUGAUCCCGGUGCUAAAGCCAAGAACUGGGAUAUUUGUAUCCGUCAUGCAGGCUUUGGUGGUGAUUUACACUUCAAACAAGAAGAAAACGCUUUAGCUAGUAUCAGUACAGCCACCAGUUACAUCGUCAUGCCUCCUGAACAAGCUGAUGCCUUCCACGAUAAAUUUGGCGCCGUCUACAAGGAAGAUACUAAAUCAUACGAUAUCAAGUGUUCUAAAAUUGAACAAUUGCCUCCUCUUAAGAUGACUCUGGAAGACCAUAUUGUUGAAUUGCCCGCCAAAUAUUGGACCUCUGUCGUGGAUAAGGACCGUGAUUGUUGUACUACCAAAAUCAGUCGCGGCAAGUCUAAUCGCGAUUGGGUCCUCGGUACAGCUCUGACCAAUGCUUUCUAUACUAUCUUUGAUCCUGAUACUGAAGCCGUUGGUUUUGCUAUCAAGAAGGGACAAAAAGACGAUGGACUUCGAGUUUAUAAGAAAUCACAUUAA